AUGAAAAUACUUUCUUAUUCUACCUCAGAGCGUUGGGAAACGAGCGAUGCAACCAUUAACGUGGUCUAUAAGCCUCCGACGCAGAAGCAUUUAAGUGGUAGGAGCGUCACCCUCCGAAUGUUUUCCCCAGAAGACUGCUUUCACGACAAAUUUCCAGCACUAAGAAUUCCCGCCAAUAUCUUAGUUGGAGGAAGACUAGAUUUGGAAAGUAUGACUAUUUCGAUGGAUAGCUGCGAGUUUACCACAUGGAAGACUGGCAAGAAUAUGGGUAUAAUGCUCGGCUUCAAAGAUAGCAUAAAUUGCUCGACCGUUUUGAGUGAGAUGAAAGCCACUCUGCAAGACACAGAUGGUAACGCUGCACCGGAAGUCAACCCUCAACAACCAGGACCAACAGUCGACGAUCCAGUAUCACCUGGUACAGAAGAUCCAGAUCCUCCUCACUCAGAUAAUAUCUCAUUCGUGAGCGCCAUUGCACAACUCGCAGAAAAAGAGGGGUGUAUUAAACUGGAUCUCUGGAACACUUGGUGUAUAUCUCAAUCUCUAUUCAUUGCUACUGUGCAAUGGGCCAAAGAGGAUGAGAAUGACCGAGUCGAUUUUCCGAAUAUGCAGGUGAUCCGCUACACGGCAACAUUCGUCAAAGUUUAUACAGGAAGAAGCAUGAUGAAAAAAAACACAGAGUAUUCGCUUUGGUUGAUUCGUAGACAAGGCAGUGACACAAAAAUCAUCGCAGGAGACACCGUUGCAGACGUCCGCUGUGUGGCAUUCACCCUAAAGAACACGAGAGUGCAGCAACCAGUCAACUCGGAAUGA